AUGGAUCCGUCUCCUGAUAAAUUAUCAUCAGUUGAAGAAUGCAAAGGAUGUGCGUUGAGCAGAAAUUUUGUGCAAUUCAUGAAGACAAAACGUCCGGACGUUGAUGCGAGGGAAGUGAUAAGCAUUGAAACUACGAAAUCAACAGCAGAGGAUUGCGCCCGCUGUAAGCUUGUAAUGAACCUCAUCAUGAAUCUACUAAGAUUCCGUAGAGGUGACAUUGUGCUGUUCAACCUCGUCAUGGCCACACAGUGCGCCAUAAGAAAUCGGGCGCAAAUUCUGGCUUCUGCUGAUCUUGUAGAUAGCAAUGUGGCCAAUAAUGAGGAAAAAGCGGGAACAGCACCUUGCCAACUGAGACGUGUCGCCAUGGACCACAUUGUGAGAAAAAGAGAUGUCAAACAGACAAACUCACAAAGCUGA